AUGGAGGCAAAGAUCUUGCAGAACUUGGAUCACCCACAUAUACUGCGGAUAUUCUCGUGGUAUGAAGAGAGUGAUUGCAUCAACAUUGUCAUGGAGCACUGCGAUGGAGGGGAGCUCCUCAAGGUGGUCAGAGAAGGCAGGCGGCAAGGAGAGGCCUUGCCGGAAGCCUGGGCAGCCACUAGCAUUAGGCAGUGUUUCCAGGCUCUGGUGUACAUUCACUCCAAGGGUGUCGUGCACAAGGACCUCAAGGGCCAGAAUCUUCUGCUUUUGCACGACACCAAGGAAAACGGCAAGGUGUUCGGCCGGCUUCCACACAUUGUAAUUUGUGACCUCGGAAUUGCAGAGAUCUGCGCCCGGGGCAUCUUCGGUCUGAGAGGAUCCAAAGUUGCUGGCACUCCGGCAACAAUGGCGCCCGAGGUCUGGUCGGGCAGUUGCGGGCCGAAGAGCGAUGUUUGGAGCAUGGGCUGCGUCAUGUUCGAGAUGUUCACCAACAAGCUUCCCUUCGAAGUGCGCGGCAACGUCGAAGGUGCUGCGAAACAGCAGGCCAAGUGGGUGGAGCUCCACAGCAAAGGUGCUGAUCUGGUGUUGGUGGCAGAGUGCCUUCAGAACCCUUGGAUGAAAGUACCAGAGGCGGAGGUCGCUGCAAACUGCACUUGCAUUGACAAGUUUGCCAAGAUCUUUGUCAAGUUUGAUACAGAUCACAGUGGCAUCUUGGAUACGCCGGAAAUGGUGGCAGCGCUUAUGUCCGUGGGAAUCUCGAAGGAUUUGGCAAAGAAAACCGCCAAAGCACUGGACGUCAAUGGCGACAAUUCUUGUGAAUACCUCGAGUUCACCGCGGCUUGCCUCCUGUCAAUGGAGGAAGAGUUCGACGAGCUGCUUCGGCAAGAGUUUCGGAUCCUGGAUACCAAGCGCGCAGGAGCCUUGUCUUCAAAAGACAUGGAGCCGCUGAUGGUGGAGCUCAAGGCUCUCGCUGCAUCCCGGGGUUUCACGGUUGAGGAGAUAGACUCGGAUGGUGACGGACAAGUAGAUUUUCAAGAGUUCUGCGCCUAUUUCGGCCGGCCCAACGUCUCGUACUCCCGGGCAACGCCGUCUCAAAGCGCGAAGAACCCCACGUUGUCGAAGAUGCCCAUGAAGCAGCACGUGCGGAUCGUGGGUGGCGCAGGGAGGAGCCUAGAGUUGAGCAUGGAUGCAAUUCGCAAGAGCAUGCCGGCGGGGAAAGGCGACCUACCAUCAGUGGGCAAGACGCUUGGUGGUGUAUGUUCACCCUUUUUUGCCCAUUUUUUUUGGGUUCAAGGUUCCCUUCUAAAGUACCCAAGCCCCAAAACGGUCCCCUGGUUAGAAUAUGGGGGGUUUGUCCCGAAAUUGGGGGUACCCCAAUUGGGUCUUUACUAUAAGGGGAUCCUACUAUGUGGGGGGUUUAUAUUAAGGGUCAUCUAA